AUGGAACCAUCAAGCUCCAAUUCGUGCUCAGUUUGUUCGAGACCCUCAAGCGGAAAUCAUUUCGGCGCUGAAACAUGCCGAGCUUGCGCUGCAUUUUUCCGGAGAUCCGUAUAUCUAAAUAUCAGCUAUCGGGCUUGCAAAUCAGCCAAUAAAUGCGUGCCACGAGAUGGAAGGUGGAUGUGCAGAAAAUGUCGUCUGAAUCGCUGCUACGAUGUCGGAAUGCUCGAAAAAAGGGUCCAAUAUGACAGAGAUCUGCUCUCGACAGCAAUCAAAACCGGCAAAAUGGAAAUCAACAAGAUCACUACCAGUCUUAAGCAAUUCGUCGGAAGAUCUCCCAUUCUACUUCUCUUCGAUCCCCAGCUGGCAUCACCUAAUAAGACCAUCAUCGAUAUUAGCCCUAUGCUCGACAAACUCCGUAACAUCUUGAGCCAGAACCUUCCUGUCAAUCCCUACCUUCAAAACAAAAAUCUACUACAGCGAGUUGUGUACAUUUUCGAGAAAAAUAAUUGCCCUAGCCGGUUACAGGUGGUCGCAAAAAUGACCAAAUCCGGUAUACUCGAGCGAAUGGAGCGCGAUAUUCUAAAAGCUGCACAAUGCGCAAUGGAAUCUCACGUGCUCGAUAGUUUUUCCGUUCCAAUUAGGAUUAAAUUGAUCAAUAAUUUCUGGCACUUAUGGGCCGAGCUCGGCAAAAUCUUUCUAACGAUGCAAGUGCGCGGCGGCGGCCAGGUGCUCAACGACAAAAUUUUCCUUAUCAAUGAUGCAGAAGCUAUCGAUCUAAACAACACCGAGUGGGACAUCACAUGGUCAACUAAAUACCCAAACGAGCUCAUCGACUUGUAUUAUCGCUAUCUGCAAACCGACACCGUUCAAAAGGUAUUCGACCUUCUUCAAAAAAUCAAGCCAACUUUGGAAGAGUCGCUAUUCAUUACAUGUGUGGCAUGCUUAUCCUAUAGAGGAAGAAAAGAGUCCUACGAGUUGUCUGAGUACACCGACUCAUUAAUUGAUGCGCUAACCGAUUGUCUUCACGAUUAUUAUUCGAAUACCCUAAAGCUUACUAAUUACUCUCAUAGAUUAUCGCAACUGCUGCAAUUUGAAGCAAUUAUCAAGGAGCACACAACAUUCCGACGACGCCAGUUUGACCUCUCCGACACAUUCGACGUGUUUUCCGUAGAAUAUUCUCAUUCCGAUAUAUUCGAUUUAAGAUUCUAA